GCCGCUAACAGUCAGUCAGUCUAUCGCGUGAAGGUUGAACGUUCGGAUCGGUCCUUUCGAGUGCUCGCGCGCUGUAACAACACCACACAACCCAACACAACACGGUUCUUGUCUCUCCGGUUCACACACAGUGUUGCACAGAGUGUGUGUUCGCUACUAAGCUGCCCGAGUCCUUCAGGCCCUUCUAUUGUUCGUGCUUGUAGCAGCCAUACAUGCAGGCGCUGGUGCAGUUGCAUUGCUUCCGCUCUCGUGACGUUCGGCGCUAGCUUUUGUGGGUGGAAGACGAGAAGUGCAUCGCUUAGUGAUUGAUGAUGAUUGUGGAUCACUUGAUUGUUGUUUGCAUAAUUUCCCCGGCUUGGUGAGUUGUAUACAUCGCAUCGUCUGUCGAGCGUUAGGAUGGAUGAAGUUCGCCAGUAGUGGGCGAUAGUUGUUUGGGAAUUGCGUUUUAUUUUCCUUUCCGUUGCGAAAAAAACGUAUGGUUCGGUCGAUUUGUCGGCGAAAAAAAUUAUUGCCCCCCAUUGGAUGGAAUCCUUAUCUCAGUCGUUCGUGUUCCCUGUCCCAAGCAGAAGCAGAAGUGAUUGUUAACUGAAUUUGCCGUUUGAUGUUGUGACCAGUGACCAGCAAAUUGGCCAUCGUGCUCUCAAUCAUCCGAUAAAGUUUUCCCGUUUCGGUUGAUUUGGUGUUAUCUGUGGAAGGAGAGUCCUUGGUUUGGUUUUGUUUCCCAAGUGGAGAAAAAAAGUGCUUGAGACAACGUGACCCAUCAGUGGAGGAAAAAGGGAGCUCGACAGCAAAAAAGUGUAACAAUUACAAAAGAAAAUAAAGUCCCAUUCGGAAGGCAGUUCAAGUGAUACGGAGUGAAUUCUGAAGAGUUUCCACUUCCCGGUAGGAGAAGCUUCAGCGCACAAAAGCGAGCAUAAAAACGCGUUCGAUAUUCCACUCGCGUAACGGGGCCACCGACAAACGACACAGAUAUAUAGAUAUAGAAAAUUCGUUCGACGAAAGCCGGAACCUGCGUUGGCGAGAGUGAAAUUUUGAUUGAUUGGGGGAUUUUUUUUUUCGGGCUCGGUUCGGAAUACGGAGAAGCACGCUCCCAGCUGGGACGAGCUGUCAGUGAACGAGGAAAUAGUGUUUCAAAUUUUGUGGAUUAAAACCAUCCCCAUCUAUCAACUGGGUGAUCCUUGGCGCCAUUCCCAUAAUUGAGACUCUCAAUCACCCAUCCACCCACUAGUAAUGGGAGAUUUGCUGAAAAUGUUGGAUAAAAGUUGUUCUCUGGCCUGGAGCUGCCGCUGGAUGCUGUUGGCGCUGAUGCUGUUUGUACAAGGAACGACGCCAUCACCUUCCCGCUACUCGGAGAGCAAUUACUUGGAAGAAGACAAAUAUUCUCCCGGGUUCCUGACGCUGGGACAGAAAUACAGCAUAGCCAUCGGCUCGACCGUGGUGCUGCCGUGCAAAAUUAAUGAGACAGAAAGCUCCAGCCAUUACGUGCUCGCGUGGAAACGAGACAUCGCCGUGCUGACGGCGGGGACGGUCAAAGUCACCGUCAACCCCCGAAUACGGCUGAUGCCGGUGCAAGGCCAGGCGGACCAGCACGGAGCCCUCUCCACCGGGUACAAUCUGGAGAUCCGGGACGUUCGGGUGAGCGACGCCGGUGACUACAUCUGCCAGAUCGGAUCGAUGGAACCGAAGGAGAUUGUGCACACGCUGGAGGUGUUGGUGCCGCCGAAAAUUGACUACAUCUCACCGGCGAACAAGCUGGACGUCAACAAGGGCGCCCAGGUGCGGAUGGAGUGCCGCGGAUCCGGCAAUCCGGCGCCCAAGAUCAUCUGGUCGCGCAGGAACAAUGUGCUGCCCAACGGCGAAGCGAACAAAACCGGAAACGUGUUCGAUGUGAUGCAUGCCACUCGCCACACCAGCGGCCACUACCGAUGCACCGCCGAUAAUCGGGUCGGCCAACCGGACAGCAGGGAAAUCGUGGUCAAUGUGCUCUAUCCGCCAGAAAUCGAAGUGGAGCAGCAGAUCGUGCACAGCGGUGUCGGACACGAGGCCCAAUUAGUGUGCAUCGUUCAUGCCGAACCGGCGCCCAACGUGAUUUGGUACAAGGAUACAACCCAGCUGGGAACAACCGAGCAGCACUCACAGCAGGUCCGUGGCAACAAGCACAGUUUGAUCAUUCGGAAUGUAACAUACAUGGAUCUCGGUAACUACACCUGCCAGGCUUCGAACGCUUGGGGAAAAGAUCGCGGAUCUCUGUCCCUUAGUGGCCUACCAACGAUUUGCUACUUCGACUCGCCCACUUUGAGCAGCUAUCGCGACCAGUACAACAUCUCCUGGACCGUCCAGAGCUACUCGCCCAUCCGGGAGUACCGUCUGUUCUACCGUAUGCAUUCUCCCUCGAAGUCCCAUCUGUUGCACACCGGUAGCCACGACAAGCAACUGGACAACCACAUAUUCUCCCAUGGAACCAUCUACGCCAGCAAUCCGUACAGCAGCGGUAGUGGAAGCGGCAGCACCAGUGGCAACCAUCUUGGGGGCGAGCAGUGGGAGAAUGUGGUGAUCCCGGAGAUGCUCGCCGACUACAACAACAUCCACGGUGGACACUACUACAACUCGCCGUACAGCUUUCAGACCGGAAUUCGACACCGAAUGAGCUUCCAGAUGAAGAAAUUGCAGCCGGGCAGCAACUACGAGGCACGGGUCCAGGCACGGAACGAUCACGGCUGGAACCGGCUGUCGAGCAUAUUCCACUUCUCCACCCGGUCGGAAGACAUGGAAUUGGAGCCGUCCGCCCAGCCGGCCGUGCAUGGUGCAGGUCUGCUAGACAAGGGCCUGCUGAGCAGCAGUGACGCCGUUACGUCCUAUUCCCAUAAGCUAUCGGGCCGUGGUCUGUUGGCAAUGGUGCUGCUGGUCACCGUGGCGGUGGCCUCCCAACUGCCGCUCGUCGUCUUAUCGGCAUGAUUUGCAUCCUUUUUCUUUUCUUUUCAUUCCAAUUAAUCCACUAAUCACUGGACGAGAUAGGUGGGCAGCUAAUUAUAGCUCGGAGUGAGGACCAGACACUGUCCAACCGAUAUAAAUCGAACCAGAGUAACAGCAGAAGUAGCAGGGUCGAAGGUUAGAAAUUUUGUUUUCUAAUUAUUGAUUUCUUGACAUCUUCGCCAAAGAUUCCUUUUAGUUUUAGAAUUUAGAGUUUCCGACAAAAAAAAAGACGGGGCAAAUAUUUCCGUUCAGUAGCCAUGUUUUGUACCAAAGAAAUAGAAACGAUGAUGAAACAAGAGACUUCGUGAAUGGAAAAGACAGAUCAGAGUUGAACGAAAAACGUUGACUCGAGAAAAUGAAUAGUGCUAGGAGAGAGUAACAGAAGAAGAAAAAAAAAACAAACAGAAAUGCAUAUUUAUUGGGUAGGAGAAGGUAAAGGUAAAAUUAUUUUUCAAAUUGUAAAAAACAAUUUAGAGUGUAACAAGCGAAUGUGAGUAGUGUUAGCGUGUAAAAAAAACCAGAAAGCAGCCAGAUACGGUGAUUAGAACUUAGUGAUGAACGAAGGGUAGAUUUAUGUUCCAUUUGAUUUCAUCUGCACAAAACUAUCACACUAUUAUACAUUCCGAGUGAAGACAGGUCCGUUGUAGAGGCAAACAAAUCUCUUUCUAUUCAGCUUCUUCAUAUAGAUCGUGCCGUCAGAGGGAUUUUAUUGUUUAACAAAAACAAAAAAAAAGGUAAAUGUAUGUUAAGUAUUGAAAUUUUAUAGUUGAUUAAGGUGAGAAGUAAACAAAAACAAAUAAAAAAGCAUCAACACAAAAGAAACUUAAGAAUAGGCCUUUCUAAAUACAAUUGCACAUCACAAGCUGGCCGAGAGAAUAUCGAAUAUUCGCUCACUGAUAAAAAAGGGAAAGCGCUUGAUGAAGUGUGCAAGCAAAUUUUAAACUUAAACCGAAAACAACCAUUUUACCGCCGAUUUACCGCAAAGCUAAAUUUUUACUGUAAAUAAACAUUUCAUCAUAGCGAGAGAGAAUCAAUUUCUGAAACACAAAACGUCGUCAAAUACAAUGCCAAACACCUCGAGAGAAAAAAAAUGUACUCAAAUCCAUAAAAAAAAAACAAUGAGCACUCGCGCACGCAUACCGUCUGAUUUGUUUUACCAUGAGUUUGUUUUUGUGGGACCAUAAUAAACUAAAAUAAUAAUCAAUUUAAUGAUAAACCGAUGUGAAAAAUCUGUAAAACCAAUCGCUUUCUGUCCACGGCGGGAUAAUUUUAUGGAUCGUGAACGCUUGUAUGUCAAUGGAAGAACAAAAGCCACACACAGACAAAAAAAAGGACCGUUAAAACAAAAUUGCACAACGAUUUUUUCUCUCUCUGCGGAAGUCACCCACUCAUAAACUCGUGAACAACAAUUGUAAAACAUAAAAAUAAAAACACGAUAUCUGAUUUUCCAAUGAGCUAAAAGUAUGUCAACAACACAAACACACAGAUACACAGACAAACAAACACAAAUCCGCGCUGUUUUAUACUUUUUCAUUCCAUAUCAGCAGAGGGGAGAGAUAAAAAUACUUCAGCCAAAGCAUAAUGGAGUAAUAAACGAUACAAAAAUAUGAUAUUUGAAAUAAAAAAAAAAACAA